AUGGUGGCCCCAGUGCAACGUACCUCUGUCUACGUCGGCGACUUGCCGAUCGACCUGCCGCGCCCAGAGGAGGCGAUCAACAACCUCUUUAGUACUGUUGCACCCGUGGUCUCCGUGAAGGUGUGCCGCGACAUGGCAACGCAGCGCUCCUUAGGCUAUGGCUACGUCAACUUCCAGACCCCUGCCGAUGCAGAGAAGGUGAUUGACGCGCUCAACUACACGGGCAUCACACCAGGGCGCCAAAUACGCGUCAUGUUCUCCAUCCGCGACCCGAUCCAGCGCAAGAGCGGCAUGAACAACGUGUUUGUUAAAAAGCUGGAUACUGCUGUUAAUGCCAAGGAGCUGCAGGCGGCCUUUACCAAGUGCGGCCGCGUGCUCUCGUGCAAGGUGGCACUCGACUCGGCGGGCAACUCAAAGGGCUACGGCUUCGUGCAGUUCGAGACAGCCGAUGGCGCCAAGGCGGCGCUGGAGAUGGACGGUAGUAAGUUGGGGGAUUGUGAGGUGGUGGUGGCGCCUUUUCUCCGUCGCGUCGACCGCGAGGUGAUGGCCGCCAAAUCCUUUCGGAACAUCUACAUCAAGAACCUCAAGGCCACCGUCGCAGAGGCGGAUGUGAAGACGACCGUGGAAACAUUUGGCAAGGUGAAUUCCUUGUUUCUCUCCGAGCACGCGCCGUUCCCUACCAAAUUUGCCCUGGUCGCGUUCGAGGAGCACGAGGCCGCCGUCAAGGCCAUUGCCGCGCUGAACGAGUCGGAAGAGAGCGGCCUCACUGAGAAGGCGGCGAAGCUCGUUGUGUGCCGCGCGCUCUCCAAGAGCGAGCGUGACCGCGAGAAGAAGAAGGCCGCCUCCCUCUACCAGAACCACGGCCGCAACCUCUACGUGAAACACCUCCCUGACGACAUCACUGACGACAGGCUGCGCGAGAUCUUCGCGCCGUUUGGCAAGAUCACAUCGUGCGCCAUCAUGAAGGAGCCGAAUGGUACCUUCAAGGGGUUCGCCUUUGUCUGCUUCGAGGACAGGCAGCACGCCUCCGCUGCGUUGCGGAGCCUGAAUGGGCAUUCUCUAGACAACUCUAAGAAGCUCCUGUAUGUGAGCCAAGCGGAGCAGAAGGACAUGCGCAUCCGCCUGCUUCAGCAGCGCCGUGCGGCCAUGCGCCAUCAGUCCCGUAUGGCGCCUCCGAUGAACACGUUCCCGCAGCAGUGGCCGCGGCACCCGUUCUCGCACAUGGCGCCGCCUAUGAUGCCGCCACCCCCGCCCCCGAACAUGGGGAUGCCGCAGUUCAUGUCUGGUCCAAUGAUACGUCGCCCCGUUAUGGAGCCACACCUCCUGCAAGGCGAACCAAUGCGUCCGCCGAACCGCUACACACAGCCACGCGAGCAGUAUCCACCGCAGCAGCGCCAGGACGGCGUCGACAUGGACUACCUCAGCACCCUUUCCCCAGAGCAGCAAAAGAACUAUCUUGGUGAGCUUCUCUACAGCCGAAUCCUGCCGUUGGAGUCGUCCAAUGCCGCGAAGAUCACGGGUAUGCUGCUUGAGAUGAGCCGUGAAGAGAUUUUUGAGAUCCUGGGCGACCAGUUUGCCCUCCUCUCCAAGAUUCAGGAGGCAAACGUGGUGCUCCAGCAGCACACUGGCAACUAG